AUGGUGUUCCUUCUGCCGUUCAAAAACUAUGACAUUGAGAGUUUUCCCAAUGUUCACGUCCCUCUUUCCGAAGCGCCUCCACGUCAUCCAAGUGUAGUAGCUAUGAACGAAAAGAGACGAGCGUCCAAGAGCGGCAGCAUAGGCAGCGGAGAUCCCGAUAAACGAGCCGUCCAUGGUGGAUCUAACAGCGGAUUCACUUUAGAGGAUCUCCGAGAAGAAAUUGAUCUUGACAUUGCCGCCAGUGGACAUGAUUCCUCUUAUGACCGCAAAUCGAAGGUCAUCAACAAAGCUAUCCAGGACAUUGGCAUGGGCAGCUAUCAAUGGCGCCUUUUCGUCCUUUGCGGUUUCGGCUGGUUGGCUGAUAACUUGUGGCUUCAAGGGGUGGCCUUGACUUUGACUUCUCUAAGCCACGAAUUCGGCGUAUCUGCGACACAUGUCCGUUACACCACUCUAUCGCUCUUCUCUGGUCUCUGCUGUGGAGCUGUAUUUUGGGGCACGGCCUCCGAUAUUAUUGGCAGACGUCUUGCUUUCAACAUGACUCUCCUCAUCACAGGAGUAUUCGGUCUAGCUGUCGGGGGCGCCCGUAGCUGGAUUGCAGCUUGCGGUCUAUAUGCUGCGCUUGGUGCCGGAGUUGGCGGAAACCUGCCAGUGGAUGGUGCCCUAUUUCUUGAGUUUCUGCCAUUCUCAAGUGGUAACCUUUUGACCAUGCUCUCUGUUUUCUGGCCGAUUGGUCAACUCAUUGGAUCCUUCUUUGCGUGGGGCUUCAUACCAAAUUAUUCCUGCGCUGAAGACCUCCCAUCUUGCCGGACGGCGGGCCCGGGAGAAGAAUGUUGCACCAUGUCAUCAAAUAUGGGCUGGCGAUACCUCAACCUCACCAUGGGUGCCUUCACAAUGGUCAUGUUCAUCUGCCGGUUCUUCUUCUUCCACCUUUUCGAGUCGCCAAAGUUCCUCCUCAGCCGUGGGCGUCAGCGGGAAGCAGUCGCGGUCGUCCAUGCAAUCGCCUACCAGAAUGGGAAGAAGACCUGGCUUGACGAAGAGAUUUUGAAUGCUAUUGGCGGCCGUCCGGAUGAAGUUACUGAUCUGAAGCUUAGCACAGGAGAAAUCAUCAAACGCCAACUCAGCAAAUUCUCCACACAACGUAUUGCCCCGUUGUUCGGCUCCAAGAAGCUUGGCAUCAACACCGCCCUUCUCUGGUUCUGCUGGGCAACAAUUGGAAUGGGAUAUCCACUCUUCAACGCCUUCCUGCCGCAAUAUCUCACCAAUGUUGAUCCGGAUGCUCCACCGGCGCCAACAUCCGUUGUAUAUCGCAAUUACGCCAUAACAUCCGUGGUAGGUGUUCCAGGCAGCAUCAUUGCUUGCUACACAGUUGACAUCCCAUACAUCGGUCGCAAAGGCACCAUAGCGAUCUCUACCUUACUGACUGGGAUAUUCUUGUUCAUAUUCACGACCAGCACUGAUUCUGAUUUCCAACUUGCCUUCACUUGUCUUGAGGCGUUCUUCCAGAAUAUCAUGUAUGGUGUUCUCUACGCCUAUACUCCCGAAGUUUUCCCUGCACCGAACAGAGGAACAGGGUCCGGCAUCGCCAGUUUCUUGAACAGAAUAGCUGGUCUUUGCGCCCCAAUUGUCGCUAUCAAUGCCGGGGGGGCGGAUCCGAAAGCACCCAUAUAUGCCAGCGGUGGACUUAUACUCGCAGCUUUCGUAGCGAUGUGUUUAUUCCCGAUCGAGACAAGGGGCAAACAAGCACUUUGA